ACUGGAUGUGCACAGAGUUUCGAGGAAACUUUUACAAGAUUGUGACAGCAUGGCCACGACUGCAGAUGGCUGCAUUCAGUUCACACGCCAUGCAGGUGACGUCCUGCUCAACUUCAACCGCCUACGCAGCAGGAACAUCCUGACUGAUGUCACCAUACAGGUGGACGGGCAGCAUUUUCAUGCUCACAAGGCAAUCUUGGUGGCCUGCAGUGGCUUCUUUUAUACCGUGUUCAUGAACCCAGAGAAUGCAAACCUUAGUGCCAUCAGCUUAGACCCCAAAGUGGACCCGAAGGGUUUCUCCAUCCUGCUGGACUUCAUGUACACAUCCUGUCUGAACCUUAAAGACAGUCUGGUCCUGGCCACCAUGAACACAGCCAUCUACCUCCAGAUGGAACAUGUGGUUGACACCUGCCACAGAUUCAUCAAAUCCAGGCAUCAGUCUCUGAACGUGCAGACUGAAGAGGUACGGAUCAACUCAUUACAUCUGGCUGAGGAGAACCCUGCUUUGAGGCCUGUUGAUGAAAAAGAGACAGACUUAAGAAAUGUCCGCACGUCAACCUCAUCCUUUGUCCAGGAGUGCAGGUGCAACAUCCCCAAUGUUUUCAGGGGUAUUAACACGUCCGGCUCCUAUCAUGUGUACGGUGACCUCCAUGUCCCCGCUGGGAAGCUGGAAGGUUCCCAUAAGAUCAGCGCCCCUCCCAGAGGGGGGGCUUUGUCCCAGAAACGAUGCUCGCAGGUACCCAACACCAACAUUACUCACAGUGACUCCACCACCAUCAUCCCCCACCCGCUGCCAUUUCAUCCCAGUUUCCCCACCACCAUCAUCCAACCAGCAGGAGUCCACAGGAGCCAUCAUGGGCCUGCUGCUCCCAUGGAGGAAGAAAGUAUUCAGCACCCGCAAACCAGCUGCCUGAGGUUGUCUCCAGGUUUUAGCAAAGGUGUCAUUUGUAGCCCUCAAAGCCCACUCCGAUCUGACUGCCAGCCAAACUCUCCCACCGAGUCCAGCAGCAGCAGAAAUGCAACCCUGAGCCUCAAACAGCCGUCAGACUGCCCCAAAGACGCCAAGGCCCGCAACUGGAAGAAGUACAAGUUCAUCGUUAUGAACCAAACUCCUGAUGAGAAUGAAAAGGAGGCUCAGGGAGGCAACGCUGAUGCUGCAGACAUGUCCCCUACACUGAGUCCCUGCAGAAGUGGCGGAGCAGGUGAACACAGUGAGGUCCAGUCACACGAGGGAGCCAGUGAGCAUAGAGAAGAGAUGCCCAUGUCUCAGAGUGCUGACAGCUGCAGCAGCAGCACCUGCAGCAGCAUCAGCCACCGCAGAUGCUCCUCCUGUGGCUGUGACAGCCCUCAGCGCAUGGAGAUGGGUCACCUUUCUCCUGACUCAUACAGCAGAGACGACACUACCAAACUACACUCAGAGUAUUCCCCCUCCCGCUGUGAAAACAACACCUACUUCUGCAAUGGUUGUGACUCCAAGUUCAGUGAUGAAGAUUCCCUGAAAGACCACAUGGUCCAGGUCCACAGCGACAAGCCAUACAAGUGUGACUGCUGCCAGGCUGCCUUCCGCUACAAGGGCAACCUGGCCAGCCACAAGACUGUUCAUACAGGUGCGAAGCCGUACCACUGCAACAUCUGUGGUGCUCAGUUCAAUCGACCAGCCAACCUCAAAACUCAUACCCGGAUCCACUCUGGGGAAAAGCCAUACAAGUGUGAGACCUGCGGCUCCCGAUUUGUCCAGGUGGCCCAUCUUCGCGCCCACGUUUUAAUUCACACAGGAGAGAAGCCGUACCCGUGUGAGAUCUGUGGAACCCACUUCCGCCACCUUCAGACGCUCAAGAGUCACAUGCGCAUUCACACUGGAGAGAAGCCUUAUCAUUGUGAAAAAUGUGACCUCCACUUCAGACACAAGAGUCAGCUGAGGCUUCAUCUCCGACAGAAGCACGGCGCGGUCACUAACACCAAGGCUCAGUAUCGCAGGACUCCCAGCAACAUCACCACGGGCCUCUUGAACUCCUGCUGAGCCGUCUGCAGUCCUCUCACGUGUCAUUUUUUGAUUUUCUUUUGCAUCGGGCACCAUGUUGUCAAAAGAUUUUUAUUUUUUCUAUACACAGAUAGAAACAUGAAUAUAUAUAUUUGCCCUUUAUGCAUUUGUAAAUGAUGCACAUUACUUUGUGUAAGCUCUUUGGUAUUUCAAAGAUUGUAAAAGUGUAUGCUUUCGUUGUGAAUGUAUAAUAACAGAAUGUACAUUUUGAAUGUGAAUUUAAGCAGUUAUUUCUCCAUUGUUCAAAUUACUUAACAGAAUGUCAGCUUUGAAGGACAGUCCUCUUUCUCAUUCGGAUUGAGAAUCGCUGUUACAGUUUUGCUUUCGAUAUUGGUUUGAAUCUCCCCAAUAAUGUGGUCACAGUUUAUGCAGUUACUUUUCAUUAGGCUGUUUUUGUAAAUAAGGUAAUAUCUGCUGGCAGAGUACGAAUAUAUUUACGUUUAGUUUGUUUUUCUUACGCACAGAAAGCUUCACUGAGGGGCUUGUUAUUUUGCCAUUUCAUAGUUUGUGGUAUGUAUUGUAAUAUGUACAGAUUGUCAUUCAUAUGAAAAAUUGCUAUGUACAUAUUUUCUUCUCUUAUUUUCCAAUCAUUUUUAGGCUCCUGUUGGUAUUUUGCACAUACUCAUAAUGCUGUGAUACAUAUAUUUUCGUACUUUUAAAAUAUUUCUACUUAAAAUGUUUGUGACCUGUUGAAAUUAUUUGUUAAGCCCAGUGUAUAGCACCUGCUAUAUAUUAUUUAUAGUCUUUUUUUUUUUGCUGUACUCAUUACAUUUUGGUGCUGCAAUGAUCCACCGUCCCCAGGGGAUCAUUAAAGUUUUAAUCCUAUUUUAUGUAACCAUAUGUAUUAUAGUGCACUCAUUCAAACCAGUGUAUUCGUAGUGCCUUAUGUUCACACUUUCUCAGACUAACUAUUAAUGCAUUUUAAAUUUGAUGAUAUGAAAGCCCCGGUACUUAUAAACUGCUUUCGUGAUGCAUUUGCCAUUUUGCAUUUGGUACUUUGCCCUAUUGUUAUGUGUAUGCAUGUCAGGUACUGUUGUUAUGGAAGCUGAUAAUCUGUUGUGUAUAGCUCUUAAAAUGCAGAUACACCAGGCCUCAAGCUAAAAAACGCUCAGGAAUAUUAGUAAUAUGUAAGCAGGUGUCUUUGUA